GACUUAGAAGACUCAGCUCCAGUCCUCCUCUCGUUUGCGUUUGGCUUCCUGUUGUCAUGGCAACUCCCGUAUUCAAGAUGUCUGAUUUGAAAACGCAAAAGCUUAUCCACAAACUUGAAUGUGAAUUUCAGAGUACAUAGAUAUUUAAACGAGCAUAUAUGAUACUUCAUUCUGUCGAACAACACACGCUAGGAGGAAUGUAAUUUUAUAUACUCACCGAAACCAGGAGCAGUGCAAAAAGUGGUUUAAAAUGUCAACCGGCCAAGAUGAGAUUGCUGCUGCAACAUCAAGUGGAAGGUUACCCAGAUUGCCUCCUAUCACAUCCUCAAUGUCACAAUCCACUGUUUAUGGUAAAAGUUACUUGAGAUCCUACAGAAGAAGCAAGGAACUUCAAACACUUCUGAAAAGAUAUGUGUAUGAAAAAGCAGCGCAGGAUAAGGAGAAAGUUGAGGAUGAAUUGAGGAGAAGACCUCCACCCUCUGAUGGCCCUGAAUUGCCAUCCACUAUGAUGAGUCGAGAGAGAAGGAUCAGACUUAAUUAUCAGUAUAUGAAAAGAUGCGUACAAAACGGUCCAGUUACUCCAAUGGCAGAACAGUGGUGGUUGGAUAUAUUAAGAAUGAUACCUCCACGUCUUGUGAGCGCACAGCAUUUACAAGCUCAGAUUACCGAGCUUCAGGAGGAGGUCCACCAGGAAUAUGAAGCCAGCAUGAAGAAAGCCAUGGUGCAACACGUUCUGCUGAAGCCUGACGUGAAAGGUGUUGAAGAUGACGAAGAUUUACCCGAAGACCCGGUGGGAUUGGACUUUUCUAGUCCUUGGCGAGAGACGUUCAGUAAAGCCAGAAGAUCUAUCGCAGAAAAUCUUCAUCUAUUACAUCAUUCAAUGCAGACCAUACUUAGAAUUUGCCAGAGUGGCAUUUACUCUUCUCUACUUAUUGUUGACCUGUCCAAGUUGAGAUCGCAAGGACCUGUUGAGUGUGAACAUUUAAAGAAUAAUGUAACACUUGAUUGUGAGAAAAUGGAAGAAAAAAUGAUGCACAGUUGGUUCCCAGAAAUUGUUAAAGUAUUUGUGGACAAAAACAGUUUAAAACAUUUGAAAUCUGAUCAACUUGACUCGUUCUACAACAGUGUGUCUGUCUUAAUAUCAAACCAGUUAAAAGAAAUUCUUAUUCGAACAAUCAAAGCCUGGGUUGCUUUAUUUGAUGAGAAGCACGAGGAUCAAUUGCCGAAAUUCAAACUUGAGCUUAUUCUGGACGACGAUGACAAUAUGCAAUUUUAUCCGGUCUUGAGUGACGUUCAAGCAGUAGUCUUCAAUGUCGUCGAUUCCGUUGCAAACACUAUGCAAAGUGUGCCUACAGUUCAGUCUUGGUUGUCUGGUAGCAAUACCACCACGCCAAUUGAUGCUAGGGUCGAUGAAGUUGUUCUUGGAGAUUGCAAGAAGUUCUUAGCAGAAGCAGUGAAAAGACAUCUCGAGCAACCAAUAGAAUAUUUAUCGAGAUUUGACGAAUUUAAGAUGCUUGUGUCCGGAGAAGCAAAAGCAAGUGUGGAAAAAUUCCUUGACGAAGACCACACGUUUGAGGAGUACACACAUGAGAUUCAAGUAUAUCGUAGUCUUGCUCGUCAAGUAUCGAUGUUGCCGAAUAUUGCUUCCUUCGACAUGGUGGAGCUGGAUUGUGACGAUCUGAAAAGAGGAUUAGCGUCGAAAUCUCACAGUUUCGCUGAACAGUUGCUAACCCGACUAGCAACGGAUCAUAGAAACGAGAAUAUAAGCAUAUGCAAAGAAUUUGAAGAUAUAAAACAACGGGCAUUAAAGGUGCCCGAGGACACCAAGGAAAUGACUGACAUGAUGAAAUUUAUCAAAGAUGCAAAAACAACUGGAUUGGUUAAACUAAAUGAGCAGAUAAAGGAAUCGCAAAGUAGACUGUCCUACUUAUUGGAAUCAUACAAUUUUACCCAGGAAGAUAUAACAUUGAAUUGCGUAGUGCUGAAUUGGCCUAAAGAAAUUGGGCCCGUUUUUGAUCAAAAUGACGAGAUUGUCGCAGAGUCACAAAAAAGAGGAGAAAAUGCUUUAACCGAGAAACGAGAGAAGGUUAUGUUGGAAUUGGACAAACUAGAGAGGCGUGUAGAUGAAUUCAGCGAGUACGGUGAUUUGGACAUGAUGAUGCAAUAUGUAAAAGAUGUUCAAGCAGUGCAAAGGAAACUUGUUGAUUGUACUGAUUCAAUCACCUUCAUUAACGAGGAAGAAGAACUGUUCAAAUGGGAACAGACAACUUACCCACAGCUCGAGGUAAUCCAGCACAGUAUCGAUCCAUACAUGAAGUUAUUCUCUACAGUCUUGAAAUGGCAAAGAGCCGAAAAGAAAUGGAUGGAUGGAGAUUUCAUGGAGCUGGAACCAGAGAAUAUUGAGGCGGAGACUGAGGAAUACGCUCGUGAAAUGUACAAGAUUGCGAAACUUUUCACGUCAAAAAAGAAGGAGGAGAAGGAUAAGAAAUCCAGAGUACGUGACUCGAAAGAAGAAGAAAAAACAGAAGAAUCAUCCGCUUUGAAAGUUGUCAACAGUAUUCGAGAUCAAAUACAAGACUUUAAGGAGAAUAUUCCAGUUAUCACAACAUUGUGUAAUCAUGGUAUAAGACCACGUCACUGGAAGCAAAUGUCCGAUAUCAUUGGUUUUGAUAUCACUCCAGAUUCUGGCAGUACUUUAAGAAAGUUCUUGAAGUUUAACUUGGGUCCCUAUAUGACGGAAUUUGAGGCCAUUAGUGUUGCUGCCAGUAAGGAAUUUUCGUUGGAGAAAGCGAUGCAGAAGAUGGUGGAUGAUUGGGAUGAGAUCAUAUUCAACACAACACAAUACAGAGACACAGGAGUUCAUAUUCUUGCUGCAGUUGAUGAGAUACAGACAACAUUGGAUGAUCAAAUUGUGAAAACACAAACCAUGAGAGGAUCGCCUUUUAUCAAACCAUUUGAGGCGGAGAUCAAGACUUGGGAGGAGCGGUUAUUGAAGAUGCAGGAAAUUAUCGAUGAAUGGCUGAAGGUCCAAGCUCAGUGGUUGUACCUGGAACCGAUCUUUAGUUCUGAAGAUAUUAUGCAACAAAUGCCAGAAGAAGGUCGCAAGUUCCAAACCGUAGACAGAAACUGGAAAGACAUAAUGAAGUUUGUUGUCAGGGAUCCAAAAGUUUUAUCAGCAACUUCAAUGCCUGGAAUGUUCGAUAGACUAGUAGACAGCAACAAUUUGCUUGAUCAAAUUAACAAAGGUCUCAAUGCUUAUUUGGAGAAGAAACGUCUCUUCUUCUCAAGGUUUUUCUUUCUCUCUAAUGAUGAGAUGCUUGAAAUAUUGUCUGAAACAAAAGAUCCAUAUCGAGUGCAACCACAUCUGAAAAAGUGUUUUGAAGGAAUGGCAAAACUACAGUUUAAAGAAAACCUGGAUAUUACACACAUGUUCAGCAGUGAAGGAGAGAAGGUUCCGUUCAGUGAAACAAUUUCAACUUCAGAAGCCCGAGGAGCAGUGGAGAAAUGGUUGUUACAGGUUCAAGAUAUUAUGUUAAUAAGCAUCAGGGAUAUUAUUGAGAAGUCCGUGCAGUCUUAUGCAAUUGAGGAACGAAAACAUUGGGUAACCGAAUGGCCAGGACAGGUGGUUAUUUGUGUUAGCCAAAUAUAUUGGACCUCUGAGGUUCACGAAGCUAUACGAAGUGGGCCAAAUGGCUUAAAGGAAUACCAUCAAAAAUUAACGAAACAGCUUGAGGAUAUUGUCAGUCUCGUUCGAGGAAAACUUUCAAAGCAGAACAGAACGACUCUUGGAGCUUUAGUGACGAUUGAUGUUCAUGCAAGAGAUGUUGUAGAGGAUAUGGUGGAAAAAGGUGUUUCUCGGGAGAAUGAUUUUGAUUGGCUGUCCCAGCUUCGUUAUUACUGGGAGAAAGAUGAUUGUCUUGUGAGGAUUAUCAACGCAACUGUUAAUUAUGGUUAUGAAUAUCUUGGAAAUUCUGGCAGAUUGGUAAUCACGCCUCUUACUGAUCGUUGCUAUCGAACAUUGGUUGGUGCAUUUCAUUUAAAUCUUGGCGGUGCCCCGGAGGGACCUGCAGGAACUGGAAAAACUGAAACUACCAAGGAUCUUGCAAAAGCGCUUGCUAUACAAUGUGUUGUUUUCAACUGCUCAGAUGGCUUGGAUUAUCUUCAAAUGGGAAAGUUUUUCAAAGGCCUGGCAUCUUGCGGAGCUUGGGCAUGUUUUGAUGAAUUUAAUCGGAUCGAACUUGAGGUUCUUUCUGUUGUCGCUCAACAAAUUCUUUGUAUCCAGCGAGCAAUAGCUGCCCAUCAAGACCGAUUUAUUUUCGAAGGGACUGAGCUGAAUUUAAACUCCAAUUGCUUUGUUGCAAUCACUAUGAAUCCAGGUUACGCUGGAAGAUCAGAACUGCCUGACAACUUGAAGGUUUUGUUCCGUACAGUUGCAAUGAUGGUGCCAGAUUACGCGCUUAUUGGUGAAAUCAUGUUAUAUUCGUACGGUUUUGUUGAUGCCAGGAAUCUGUCUGUUAAGAUCGUCACCACAUAUAAAUUAUGUUCAGAACAGUUAUCUUCUCAAUUCCAUUACGACUAUGGUAUGCGUGCAGUGAAAGCAGUCUUGGCUGCUGCUGGUAAUCUCAAACUGAAAUUUCCAAACGAGAAUGAAAAUGUUUUGCUACUGCGUUCUAUAAUUGAUGUCAAUUUACCCAAAUUCUUGUCACACGACAUCCCGUUGUUUCAAGGAAUUAUCUCAGAUCUGUUUCCUGGAAUUGACCUGCCUAAAGCUGAUUAUGCCCUGUUUCUCGAAACUGUUGCCGAGGUUUGUGAAAAGGAGAAUCUUCAAACAGUAAACUUUUUCACUGAAAAAUUAAUUCAAACAUACGAAAUGAUGGUUGUUCGGCACGGUUUCAUGUUGGUUGGAGACCCCUUCGCUGGGAAGACUAAAGUGCUUAAUGUUCUCGCUCAAACUUUGACUCUUAUGACCGAGCGAGGGCAUGGAGAUGAGAAUAUUAAUAAGGUGUGGACCCGUGUUAUUAAUCCCAAGUCUAUAACAAUGGGACAGCUCUUCGGUCAAUUUGACCCUGUCUCACACGAAUGGACAGAUGGUGUUGUUGCUAACACAUUUCGAGAGUACGCAUCAGAUCAAUCAGAUAUUCGCAAGUGGGUUAUCUUUGAUGGACCAAUUGAUACGCUAUGGAUUGAAAGCAUGAACACCGUAUUGGACGACAAUAAAAAGCUGUGUUUGAUGAGCGGUGAGAUCAUUCAGUUGUCAAAUGUGAUGAGCCUCAUUUUUGAGUGUCGUGAUUUAUCGCAAGCUUCGCCUGCCACCGUAAGUCGUUGUGGAAUGAUUUACCUCGAGCCUGCAGCAUUGGGCUGGGAUCCGAUAUUGAAAUCUUGGCUCAAUACAUUACCUGAAUCGUACGGUAAAGAUUUCAUCAAGGUGGUGGAUGCUCUUUUUCAAUGGAUUGUUCCACCUUGUCUGACAUUUGUCAGGAAACAGUGCAAGGAAUAUCUUCCAACAUCAGAUAGCAACCUUACUCAUUCGCUGAUGAACCUUGUGGAAAUCAUGAUGAAACUUGCCACAGAGAAAGAAGCAGAUAGUAAACACUUAAAACUCUGGCUGGUUAACUCAUUCCUCUUCUCUUUGGUGUGGUCAAUUGGUGCAAGCAUCGAUACUGACAGCCGUGUUAAGUUCGACACAUUCCUACGUGAAAUAUUGACUGGCAAAGAUGAGAAACAUCCCAUUCCCACCUCCAUUGGAAAGAUUGAUAACGCUUUUCCGACUGAUGGUCUGGUUUACGACUUCUUGUUUGAGGCAAAAGGUCGUGGAAAUUGGAUCCACUGGACGAAAACUAUAAAGUCGAGCAAUCUUGGGGGAAAAGGAACAAAGAUCAGCGAUAUCAUUGUACCAACUAUGGAUACAGCUCGUUAUAAGUUUCUUAUGGAUAUUCUAAUCCGACACAACAAACCAGUUAUGUUAGUUGGACCUACAGGCACGGGAAAGAGUGUUUACAUCAAGGACAAGCUCAUGAAUGAACUGGACAAGAACGAGUUUAUUCCAGCAUUUCUUAACUUUUCAGCACAAACAAGUGCCGGUCAGACUCAGGACAUCAUAAUGUCAAAACUCGACAAAAGAAGAAAAGGCGUCUUUGGGCCGUCGCUAGGAAAGAAAUUUAUCAUUUUUGUGGAUGACCUAAACAUGCCUGCUUUGGAAAUCUAUGGUGCCCAGCCCCCUAUUGAGCUGCUCAGACAGUACUUGGAUCAUGGCAAUUGGUACGACAAAAAAGAUACGUCAAAAAUUAGUUUAGUUGACCUUCAGUUCAUCUGUGCCUUGGGUCCACCUGGCGGCGGUCGAAAUCCUAUCACUCCAAGAUUUGUCCGUCAUUUUAAUAUCGUGUCUGUCGCGAAGUUCAACGAUGAUACAAUGACAAGAAUAUUUUCCAGUAUUGUCAGCUUCUAUUUCAAGAACAAUGAAUUUCCGAACGACGUCUAUGCCUUGGGCUCACAGAUUGUCUCUGGAACCAUGGAAAUCUAUAAAUCAGCUAUGACGAAUUUGCUGCCAACACCAACCAAAUCCCAUUACACCUUCAAUUUGCGAGAUUUUUCCCGUGUCAUUCUGGGAGUAUUGCUGAUCAAGAAACAGGCAUUGGAUGAUAAAAAGACAGUCAUUAGAUUAUGGGUGCAUGAAGUAUAUCGUGUAUUUUAUGACCGUUUGGUCGACGACAAAGACCGUGCCUGGUUGCAUGGCUCUUUGAAGAAAGUUACCAAAGAACAUUUCAAGGAAGAUUUUGAUGCCAUGUUUAAGCACCUUGGAAGCAGCAAGAGUAUAACGGAAGAUGAUGUUAGAAGUUUGAUGUUUUGUGAUUUCCUCAAUCCAGACCUGCUGGUCGAGGAUCGACUGUACCAAGAGGUUCAAUCGAUGGAUGAACUCUAUAAAAUUGUUGAGCAAUACUUGGAGGAAUACAAUCAGUUACAUAAAGCUCAAAUGAACCUUGUUAUCUUCAGGUAUGUUUUAGAGCACUUGGUUCGAAUCAGUCGCGUAUUAAAACAAGCUGGUGGUAAUGCAUUGCUGGUUGGUGUUGGUGGUAGUGGUAGACAAUCAUUGUCACGGUUAGCUGCGGCGAUAUCAGAUUUUCAUGUUUUCCAACCUGAAAUAUCCAAGAGUUACGGUAUGGCGGAAUGGAGGGAAGAUAUCAAGACUUUGCUCAAGACAGCAGGUGCACAAAUGAAGCCAACCGUCUUUUUGUUAACUGACACUCAAAUCAAAGAAGAAUCUUUCCUUGAGGAUAUCGACAGCUUACUCAACACAGGAGAAGUCCCGAAUUUAUUUGCUGUUGAUGAAAAAGCUGAACUUGUCGAGAUGGUACGACCGAUAGCUCAGGCACAAGCUGACGACAAAAACGCCGAAUUUUCGCCAUUAGCUCUUUUCAACUUCUUCGUGAGCCGCUGUCGUGAAAACCUUCAUGUAAUGUUGUGUAUGAGCCCCAUUGGUGAUGCAUUCCGUAAUAGACUCCGACAAUUUCCGUCUUUGAUCAAUUGCUGUACCAUUGAUUGGUUUCAGCCUUGGCCUGAAGAUGCUUUGGCGAUGGUAGCCACCAAGUUCUUGGCUGAUGUAAGCCUGACGGACAAGGAAAGGACCGAAGUUGUGCCACUUGUUAAACAUUUUCAUACCAGUGCCAGAAAUCUCUCCGAAAGCUAUCUUGAUGAACUCGGUCGUCAUAACUAUGUCACACCAACGUCAUAUUUGGAACUUAUAUCUUCUUUCAAAGGACUUCUUAACAAAAAACAAGACGAAGUAAUGAAAAUGAAACGACGGUACGAAGUUGGUUUGGAAAAGCUUCAAUUUGCCUCGUCACAGGUGGCAGACAUGCAAGUGGAACUAGAAGAACUGCAGCCACAACUUGUAGAAACAGCGGCUGAGAAUGCCAAGAUGCUUACGGUGAUUGAAAAAGAGUCUGCCGAGGUGGAAGCAGCAAGUAAAAUAGUUCGUGAAGACGAGGCGGUAGCUAAUGCAAAAGCAGCAGAAUCUCAGGCUCUGAAAGAUGAAUGUGAAAGUGAUCUUGCGGAAGCUCUUCCUGCUCUUGAAGCUGCCCUUGUCGCUCUCAAUACCUUAAAGCCAUCAGACAUAACCAUUGUGAAGUCAAUGAAGAACCCCCCUGCAGGAGUGAAACUGGUUAUGGCUGCCGUUUGUGUUAUGAAAGAUGUUAAACCUGAUAAGAUCAACGAUCCUUCGGGGACAGGAGGAAAGAUAUUGGAUUACUGGGGACCAUCAAAGAAAAUUCUUGGCGAUAUGAACUUCUUGAAUAAUUUGAAAGAAUAUGACAAGGAUAACAUUCCUGUUCAUGUAAUGGCGAAGAUCCGUAAAGAGUAUAUAAGUAAUCCCGAAUUUGACGCGACGAAAGUUCGCUCAGCCUCGUCAGCUGCAGAAGGCUUGUGUAAGUGGGUUUGCGCUAUGGAGAUCUAUGACCGGGUAGCCAAGGUUGUCGCACCAAAGAAAGCCAAGUUAGCCGAAGCUGAGGAAUCAUUGGCUGAAACUAUGGGAAUAUUGGAGUCUAAACGUCGUGAGUUGGCUGAGGUUGAGGAAAGACUGGCCAAUUUGAAGAGUCAAUUCCAAGAAAUGACUGAAAAGAAAGAACAUCUCGAAUUUCAGGUUGACUUGUGUUCCAAAAAACUCGAUCGCGCACAAAAGCUUAUCGGUGGUCUUGGAGGUGAAAAAGACAGAUGGUCCGCGGCUGCUACAGAUCUACAACGUAUUUAUGAUAAUCUUACUGGUGAUGUUCUUAUAUCAUCUGGUGUCAUUGCUUAUCUUGGUGCCUUCACAUCCCUCUUUCGUAAAAGAUGCACAGACGACUGGUCACAAACGUGCCAGGCUAGAGGUAUUUCCUGCUCGUCAGAUUUCUCAUUGAGCAAAACUCUUGGUGAACCCAUAAAGAUUCGCGCGUGGAAUAUCGCAGGUCUACCAACUGAUGCAUUCUCUAUUGAUAAUGGUGUUAUUGUGGACAACGCAAGACGAUGGCCACUCAUGAUUGAUCCACAAGGCCAAGCUAAUAAGUGGGUAAAGAAUUCGGAGAAAGAUAAUCGUCUUUCGGUGAUCAAACUGACUGAUGCUGACUACAUUCGUACGUUAGAAAAUAGUAUCCAGUUCGGGACACCUGUACUACUCGAGAAUGUUGGUGAGGAGCUUGACCCAUCAUUGGAGCCAUUGUUAUUGAAACAGACAUUUAAGCAAGGUGGAGUUCUGUGCAUCCGUUUGGGAGAAACCGUCAUUGAAUACUCCAGUGAUUUUAGGUUUUAUAUCACAACUAAGCUUCGAAAUCCUCAUUACCUGCCAGAGUUAUCAACAAAGGUAACACUUUUGAACUUCAUGAUAACACGAGAAGGUUUAGAGGAUCAGCUUCUCGGGAUUGUUGUUGCGAAAGAAAGACCUGAGUUAGAAGAAGAACGCCAAGGCCUAAUAUUACAAAGUGCUGCUAACAAAAAACAAUUGAAGGAAAUUGAAGACAAAAUACUGGAAACACUGUCGUCAUCACAAGGAAAUAUUUUGGAGGAUGAAUCUGCAAUCCAAAUUCUUGACUCAUCCAAGGUAUUGUCAAACGAGAUUUCCAAGAAACAAAAAAUUGCAGAUGAAACCGAGGAAAAGAUCAACCAGUCAAGAUUGGGAUAUCGUCCUAUUGCUUUCCACGCAUCGGUUCUGUUUUUCUCCAUCACCGAUCUACCGAAUAUUGAUCCAAUGUACCAGUAUUCCCUGUCAUGGUUUAUCAAUCUUUUUGUUAACUCCAUCGCAGACAGUAACAAGUCAAAGAUUCUGGAAAGGCGGCUUCGAUACCUCACAGAUCACUUCACUUACAACUUGUAUUGUAAUGUGUGCAGAUCACUAUUUGAAAAGGACAAAUUGCUCUUCUCUUUUAUUCUAUGCUCUAAUAUACUAAUAUCAAAGAACGAACUGGGUAAUGAAGAGUUUCUGUUCUUCCUUACUGGUGGAAUAGGCCUAGAAAAUAAGAUAGCAAAUCCUGAUCCAUCGUGGUUAUCCGACAAGUCAUGGGACGAAAUUUGUCGAAUGUGCGAUCUCAAUGGCUUUCCAGAUUUUAGGAAAGGUUUUGCAACCAGUAUCCAUGAAUGGCGUAAAAUAUACGACAGUAAAGAACCUCACAAAGCUGUUUUUCCAGCUCCUUGGGUAGAAAAAUUAACAGAUUUCCAAAAAAUGAUCGUCGUACGUUGUUUACGACCAGACAAGGUUGUUCCCUUGGUUACCAAUUUCGUUGAAGAUAAACUGGGAAGCAAAUUUGUCCAGCCUCCACCAUUUGACCUGACAAAAAGUUACAAAGAUUCCAAUGAAUGCAUUCCUUUGAUUUUUGUCCUCUCACCUGGAGCUGACCCUAUGGCUAAUCUACUCAAAUUUGCAGCAGACAAAGGUUUUACCGGAGAUAAAUUCAAUGCCAUUUCACUUGGUCAAGGACAGGGCCCCAUAGCCGCCAAGAUGAUUUCCGAUGCCUCACAGAAUGGAACAUGGGUGGCGUUACAAAAUUGCCACUUGGCUGUCUCCUGGAUGUCCGCUUUGGAACGCAUAUGUGAGAAUCUUACCCCAGAUAGCACUCAUAAUGACUUUAGACUCUGGCUCACCAGCUAUCCAUCGGACAAGUUUCCAGUAACUGUGCUACAAAAUAGUGUAAAAAUGACGAAUGAGCCACCCACUGGAUUACGUCAGAAUCUGCUGCAGUCGUACAUAUCUGAUCCUAUAUCUGAUGAAACAUUCUUUAAUGGAUGUCAGGGAAAGCAACCUAUCUUUGAGAAGCUGCUGUUUGGCCUUUGUUUCUUCCACGCACAUAUUCAAGAAAGAAGGAAGUUUGGGCCCUUGGGUUGGAAUAUCCCGUAUGGUUUUAACGAGUCUGACCUAAGGAUCAGUGUACGCCAACUUCAGAUGUUUAUCAAUGAAUAUGAACAAGUUCCAUACAAGGCCGUGACGUAUCUCACUGGUGAAUGUAAUUACGGUGGUCGUGUUACGGAUGAUAAUGACCGGCGUUGCCUGAUGAGUAUCCUGGCUGAUUUCUUUACUCCUGAAAUCAUCAAUGAUGCAAAGUACAAGUUUUCCCAAAGUGGAAAAUACUUUGCACCACCAAAAGGAACGUACGACAGCUACGUGGAAUUCAUUAAGGAACUACCCGUAACUCAAACCCCCGAGGUCUUUGGAAUGCAUGAUAAUGUUGAUAUUGCGAAGGAACUUCAAGAAACAAGGCAACUCUUCAACUCCGUGUUGUUGACCCAGUCUCAGAAGUCUUCUGGCGGGGGAGGAAAGAAGGGUGACGAUGCUUUGCUGGAAAUUGCAAAAGACAUUUUGAGCAAAUUGCCAAACAACUAUGAUCUGGAAGCAGCUUUGUUGAAAUAUCCUGUUACAUACGGGGAAAGCAUGAAUACAGUUUUGGUUCAGGAAAUGGAACGUUUUAACAAUCUUAUCCAAGUCAUACGUACAAGUUUGUUGAAUCUUCAAAAGGCCAUCAAGGGUUUGGUUGUUAUGUCCGCCGAUUUGGAAGCUUUAUCUUCAAGUUUGCUGGUUGGAAAGGUUCCAGUAAUGUGGAUGAAAAGAUCGUAUCCCAGUCUCAAGCCUUUGGGAAGCUACAUUACUGAUCUUCUUAACAGAUUAAAAUUUCUGCAGGAGUGGUAUGACAAAGGAAAACCAGUUGUUUUCUGGAUAUCAGGGUUUUAUUUCACACAGGCAUUCUUAACUGGAGCAAAACAGAAUUACGCAAGAAAGUAUACAAUCCCAAUCGACUUGCUUGGAUUCGAUUUUGAGGUAAUAUCCAAGGAUAAAGUCGACGAACAACCAGAUGAUGGUGUGUACAUUAAUGGUUUGUUUCUUGAAGGAGCACGCUGGGACCGUAAAAAGGGUGUGAUUGGUGAAUCUCUUCCAAAAAUCCUUCAUGAUACCAUGCCAACAAUUUGGGUCAAGCCAGGCAAAACCAUUGACAUAACGUACAGUCACACGUACAGAUGUCCGGUGUAUAAAACAAGUGAAAGACGUGGGACAUUGUCCACUACAGGGCAUUCGACGAACUAUGUCAUGCCUGUAUAUAUAUCCACUGAUAAACCUGAAAGUCACUGGAUAAAACGCGGCGUCGCGAUGCUCUGUCAACUGGACGACUAGGUUUAUUAACAACUUUAAGUCGUACUUUUAGCUGUAAAUGUGUAACUGUAAAUAUUGGAUGUAUUUUUAAAAACAUAUUUUCUUUGUAAAAUGCAACAACGGUGGUAAUUAUGUUAUAUUAUGUACAUGAUCACAUUUGAACUAGAUGACAUUAUACAAUAUAAUAAUAUUGUAGUUUUCUUUCAUAAAUUUAAUCUGUAUCACAUUUUGUCUGUAUGAACCAAAUAUUCUUAUAAGAAUGGGAACGUUAAAGUCUUAUCACCUAUAGGCUUGUCUAAUUGUGCUAAAUUAGGCCGUAUAAUUGUGUAAUCCUGUAUUUUCUAAUAGUUGCCUCGUGUUUUUAUUGCCAACCAAUCCAUUCGAAAAAUUGCUGCAGCAGCGAGCGAGUACCUCCUACUCUUUGUCGGGAAUUGACAGAUAAGAUGAUUAUAUAGACAAAUGUUUCCUUUACUUAAUUAUAUUCUAGUUUUGUAACAGUGAUUGAUAGGAUGAAGGUGUAUGUGGUGUGGUCACGAGAGCGAGAGAGUUAGUUGGACUGAGACAUUCAGUGAGUGAGGAACUGUGAGCGAGAGAGAGUAAUUUAUAGCCCGUGUGCUAUCUGACGGUGUGAGUGGU